GUGUCUACAUCUUGUGUCUGAGACUCAUUUCUCUGUUACAAGCGGUUAAUGUAUGCUAAUGAUUAACCUCACUCUGCUUUUACACAACAGUCGUCUUCCUGCAACUCCAGGCACCACAGAGUAACAAACUCGCAGGUCUCUGCCUUUCUCUGCGAUCCCAUUAGGAACAAGCAAGAGCGUCAAUACUGGAUCGACUUAAUUACUUGAAACAUUUUUUUUCUUGUAUUAGUACAAUUUUAAUUUCCAUUGUAUCACUGCCCCAUUCCCGAUGUCUGAUAUGGCUUCCCACCAGCACACUGCCUCACCUCACCUCACUAUCUCCAGACUGUGGCCCCUCAUUUGUGUUUUCCUGACAUGUUUUCCACAAUCUGUUAUCAGUCGGACCUGCCAGAGCACAGAGCAGAAGUUCCACAGGUUUCCUCAAGUCACCUACAGUGACAAUCCAAACCCUGACCCCGGAGGGUUAACAGCCCUGUACAGCAUGGUCCACACCUUCCUCAACAUGGUGCAGCCCAAUCCUUUCCCAGCAGAUUUAAUCCAAUCUUUAAUCGAAGACGUCAGUGACUUUGAGGACCACUAUAUAAAGAUAUUAGAAUACCAAAUUGGUUACCUGGUGUGUGCCGCUAUCGGGAUCCUCUUCUUCUGCCUGAUGCCAAUCGUAGGCAUGUUCUUCUGCUGCUGUCGCUGCUGUGGGCUGUGCGGCGGGAAGAUGUAUCACAAACAGACCAAAUCAGUGAACUGUAAGCGUCGUGGCCUGGCCAUUGGCCUCUCACUGGUGACCACCUUCAUGCUGGCCGGAAACAUCUGUACCUUCAUCAGCAAUGAGAAAGUGACGAACGCUGUGAGAGGCAGCGCCUCGUUACUCAACAACACCGUGGACGACCUGGGCAGCUUCUUAAACACAAUUCCAACUCAAAUCACAGAAAUUACCAACGCCAGCUCCGUCCCAAUAAACAAAGUCAGUCACAACCUGGACAAUAUCGGUGAGAUUCUGGGUGGAGAGGUUCUGCACUCGCUGGGAACGACAAUGUAUCCGGCGCUAAACUCAGCGUCUCAGCUCGCACAAGAUGUGAAUGACAUCACAAGAAACCUGCAGCUGGUGAGAUCAACCUCAGGAACUCUGCAGGUACAGCUGGCGACCGUCACCAGCAACCUGACCGCCAUCCAGCAGGAGCUGGACCACACAAUCAUCAACUGCUCGCCAGCCUGUGACAGCGCCAAGCCUCUCCUCACUGAUCUGGUCGUCAUCCCUAACUUCAACAAGAUCGCUAACCUGGACCUGAUGAUACAGAACAUGGAGAAAGUCAUGAAACUCGAGCUGAAUGUGACAGUGCAGAAGGGAUACAAAGCUUUCAAUGACACGCCAGCCCUGAUAACCAACCAGUCAGCCACUACAGUAGUCGAAGUGAAGGAGAAACUGAAGAACAUCGAACAGCAGAUAAACAGCCUCACCCAGGACAUACCCGUGUUCGAUGUCGUUAACUCAGUCAACUCCGAGCUCAACAAGAUUGUCUUCUAUCUGAAUGAAUACCUUCCAAAGGUAGAGGAGAUCAACCUGUACAGGUGGAUUGCUGGCAUCGUGCUUUGCUGUAUAAUUCUCCUGGUUUUGCUACUUAACUACCUCGGCCUCCUGCUGGGAACCCUGGGCAUCAAACGCAACGUGAACCCCACCAAACGCAGCUGCACAGCCAACUGCGGAGGGCAGCUCUUAAUGUCUGGAGUCGGCUUAAGCUUCAUCUUCUCCUGGAUCCUGAUGAUCCUGAUCUUCAUCCUGUUCUUCGUGGGGGGCAAUAUAUAUUCUCUGAUCUGCAAACCGUGGAACAGCCAGGAACUCCUCCAGUUUAUAGACACUCCAGGAGUCAUCCCCAACUUCAACCUGGCAGAGACACUCGGACUCCAAAACGUGACCCUGAACAUCUCCAGUAUUUACAAUGACUGUCGGAACAACACGCCGCUGUGGGCAGCCCUCCAUCUCGAGCAGGCUUUUGACCUGGACCAAUACCUGAACCUGAGUAAGUACAAGGAGGAAAUCAAUAAAACCUUUGAUAAGAUGGAUGUGGAUUUAUCCGGGAUCACUUUACUGAACUCCGAGGGGAAGGAGGCCCUGACAAACCUGUCCAAGGCUGGCCUGAGUAGCUUGAACUUCACCAGCAUGGCUGAACAGCUCAAGCAGCCUGUCACCCGGGGAGACCUGCAGGAGGCUGCCAAUCAACUGCAGUCGCUCUCAUCCAGUAUGACAGUUUCAGUGAAAGAUAAACUGAUUGACUUGAGUGAGAGGCUGAGAAAGCUGAACAGCUGGAUCAUCAGCAACAUCCAGCCUAACAUGGUGAGUUUGAACUACAGCGUCCAAUACCUGCAGAGAGUGACACCACACACAGAGAGUACUGCCAGCACUACCUUAAACAGGAUUGAGUCUGCGCAGAGUGCUCUCCUCACUGACGCACCGAGCAUCAUCACAGCUGAGACCAGCUUCUUCCUGGACUGCCAGCUGGAUUACUUUGAUCAGUAUCUGCAGUGGACGAGGACAGCGAUCACUCAGGAGAUGGCUCAAUGCCUUCCCGCUGCUGACGCGAUCGACGCCACUGAGACUAUUGCCUGUACUUACAUCGUGAACUCGCUGAAUGCCUUCUGGUUCAGCCUGGGCUGGUGCACAAUAUUUUUCAUCCCGAGCAUCAUAUUGGCCGUGAUGCUGGCAAAAUAUUACCGGCGGAUGGACAUGGCCGACGAUUACGAGUAUGAGGGCAGCAACAUGGAGCUGGUGGCAUCUCAACCAGCACCAGCAUUUAAGUUUCCUCGAGCCAAUGUCUACAAUUAAAGAGGUGUUGGAGGUUGGAGGCUGGAGAUUGGAUAUCGUGUUCUCCCUCUGGUGUCUGUGUGUGUGUGUGUGUGGGUGAAUUGCUGGAAUUCUUUAUACCUCAGCCGCUGUUGUGAUCUGACACAGGAGUUGGUUUGGCCAGAGACUUGUUGGGAAAAAUCCCUCAAUAUUGCACUUUCCUUGGGAAGCUCAAUGAAGAUUUCACUACCUUUUCUCUCUCAAAAAAUACUGAUAAUUGUUCAUAAACCAAACACGAAGGGGCAGUGUUACCACAAUAUAAUUUACAAUUAACAUUUGUACGGCACCUUUCAUGUCGCGAGGACGUCUCAACAAAAACAAAGCUGGCUGGGCUGGGGCCAAGGGUGGGGGCACGGAGGGUGUGGGAGCGCGUCGGAGAGGUGGGAGUGGUAAGAUGACCGAAGGCGUGGUCAAAGAGGUCCGUUUUGAAAAUACACACGCCUCACGACAACUCUUGCGACAUAAUGCACAGAUGGCACUGGGAACGUUCUACAUGUGACUCGGGUGGGAACGAUUUAAUGGGCAGACGCUGUCCCUUUAACCACGCACAGUUUAUGGUCUGUAGAUGAUUUCAGUGAUUGAUAUUUUGCAAAAUACCAAAAAAUCAACUCUUAUAUUAAAUUAACGUCUCCUUUCAGAAAA